AUGUAUUUUAUUGAUUUAUAAAAUUAAUCCAGAAAAUAAUUCUAAAUUAAUACAGGAAGUAGAAGAAUAGUUCGAAGAUAUAUCAAUUGUAUAAUGCAUUUCAACAGAGGAUGCAGUAAACUAAGUCAAACUCUUUAGAUAGAUAACUCUGCUUGAUCAUUCAAACUUUAGAAUAGUCACAGAUAUGGUUAGAUUAGAAAAAGAAAAAAUUAAUUAUUUUGCAGGUUUGGAACUUUUAUUAUUUCUAUUUUCAGAAUUAAAAUUUCAAAAUGAAGUAUUAGUAUUUUGUAGUGAUACAAAUAGAGCAUUAAAAAAUUGUUAAGAAAAGGAUAUUCAUGGUAAUUAUAAAAUAACAAAUUCAAUUGAUGAAGUUAAAAGAUUUAUUAGAUUAAAAUGAAUUCUAGAAUAUUUAUAAUAAAAAUUGUAUUUUUAAUAUUUAAAAGCUUAUAAGACUCAUGUCGUAAAAUUUAUCUCAAUUCUUAAUUUGA